UGCAAUAUUAUUCGGCCCCUUUACUGAAUGAUCCGAUGUUGAGUGAUGAUGAUAAAUGCAACACACCUGUGUGCAAUCAAGUCUCCGUACAAAUGCACCUGUUCUGUGACAGUCUCAGGAUUCUGUUUAAAGUCCAGAGAGCAUCAUGAAGACCAAGGAACACACCGAGCAGGUCUGAGAUACUGUUCUGGAGAGGUUUAAAGCCAGAUUUGCUUUAAGCAUCUCAAGGAGCACAGUGCAAGAAAUCAUAUUGAAACGGAACGAGUAUCAGACCACUGGAAAUCUACCGAGACCCGGCCGUCCCUGUAAACUUUCACCUCGAACAAGGAGAAGAGUGAUCAGAGAUGCAACCGAGAGGGCCGUGAUCACUCUGGAUGAACUGCGGAGAUCUACAGCUGAGCUCCUCCCUCAGCACAAUCCCCUCCCACGUGUUAUUUUCCGGAUCUGUUCGCUUCCUUUGCCAUCAUUCAUUGCUGCCCACGAAAAAAAAUGACAGUAAAUAUAUUUCCGUCGUCAUACGGAUUGUAAAAUUGCGGCUUCCUUGACCCCCCCCCCUCCACCCUUCUUUUUUUUUAUUUGUUUAUGCACGAUCGUGUCCACUCACUGCUGUGAAAGAGAUUAAAUCUGGAUGGAAUACUGAUUACUUCUUCUUCAAGUCACGCUCGUUUGUGGAUUUAACUGGAACAAGAACAGCGGUAACAAGGGGCACUCUAGCGGAAAAGCCAAGCAGAUGACGAUGUUGGGGGAAAAGGAUGGAAAAGAGGCUAAAGUAAGAGGAGGAAGUGGAACUCGGAAGUGAGGAGGAGUCAUCAUCUGAUGGACGCUGACCUGCUAAGUCACUACUUCUCGGGAUAAGCGUGCGCUGCAGUGACUGCCUCUGCCUCCAGCAUGUUGACGUGAAUGGUACAACGACACAGGGUGGGCCUGGCACUGGUACCCCCCCCUCCCCUCCAAGUCCCCUCCUCCUGCUUUUCCUCCACUCCCCACCAUGCCACACUGAUGUCCUCACUGUAGUUUAUUUUUCCCCAUGGACAUUCAACCCUGCUAUCUCACCCCAGUUAAACUUCAGCUGCUACUUUUCCCGGGAAGAGUAAAUAAAGCACAGCAAGCGAAAAGGAGCGAUUCGGAAAUCUUCCGCUGGAGGUAUCCCACACGUGCAUCACCAUUAGUCACCCUGACGACAGUUUUCCAGCCGUUGCUGUUCUUGCUCCAGUGCUUCUACGCAGUCAUGGCGGUCAGCAUGAGCGUGGGGAGAGACACCAAAUGGCUGACCCUGGAAGUGUGCCGCGAGUUCCAAAGAGGUACCUGCUCGCGCUCGGACGCCGACUGCAAGUUUGCGCACCCCUCGCGCAGCUGCCAUGUGGACAACGGCAGAGUCAUCGCCUGCUUCGACUCCCUGAAGGGCCGUUGUGCGCGGGAGAACUGCAAAUACCUGCACCCCCCUCCGCACCUAAAAACCCAGCUGGAGAUUAACGGCAGGAACAACCUGAUCCAGCAGAAGGCCGCCGCCGCCAUGUUGGCUCAACAGAUGCAGUUCAUGCUGCCCGGAGCGCAGCUGCAGCCCAUCACAACAUUCCCUGUGACGCCCUCCCUUGCAACCAGUCCCAGCAUGCCGUUCAGUCCCUACCUGAGCCACAUGGGCCCGGGCAUGGGCUUGAUGCCUGACCUGCUCCCCAGUACUCCACUGCUGGUCUCCGGAAGUCCCACCGCCCUGGCAGCCACCGGCAACGGGACGACCACGUCAAAGCACGCACGCACAGACAAGCUGGAGGUUUGUCGGGAAUUCCAGCGUGGAAAUUGCACCCGCGGGGAGAGCGACUGUCGCUACGCUCACCCCCUGGAGGCCGGCAUGGUGGACUGCAACGAGAACUCGGUGAUCGUUUGCAUGGACUACGUGAAGGGACGCUGCGGCCGGGACAAGUGCAAGUACUUCCACCCUCCUACUCACCUGCAGGCCAGGAUCAAAGCUGGACACAACACAGCUUCUGCAGCCUUGGGUCAUUCCGCGGGAGGCGUGCAGUUGCUGCCAAAGAGGCAGAUGUUUGAGAAGAGCAACGGCAGCGCCGUCUUCAACCCCAACAUGUUCCACUACCAGCAGGCCCUGGCCAGCAUGCAGCUACAACAGCCUGCCUUCAUCUCCGCUGUUCCCAUGAUGCACGGCGCGCCCGCAUCCUCCUCCACUGUUUCUUCGGCCUCCGGUGCUGUCGCCAAUGUUCCUUUUGCGGAAUCCGCCGCCUCCGAUCAGUAGACCCUUCAGAGCUUUUGACUUCCGAUCCGGUGGAGCUCCCGUGUCUCCCCACGGACAUGGAGACCCACCUGUGUCCCGUGCCCAAACUGCUGAUGGUGGCUCCAGUGGCCCUCGAUUCAGUAAGCCUUUCUCCAAACGCCACUUAAGAUCCCUAAAAAAAAAAUAAAAAUAAAAAAAAAAAUGGAUAGACGAAAGACAAACGUGUGCCUCGCCAAUUGCGCGCCCACUUUGAAGGCUGUGCUUGAGAGACGCCAACUUCUUUCUCAGCCAUACCGUACAUACCGAUACCUUAAAAGUGCAGAAGACGUGCAGGCUGAGCCAAUGAGGACUAGAGCGGUUUGACUACCCAUUUUUUGUCCUUUGUUUGGAGAGUGAUUGAAAGUUUUAUGGCUGCCAUCCAAAUGUAUUUUUUUUUACAGAACGUUUUGUUUUCGUCACAUUUUCCCAAAUAUAAGAAUUUUGGACUUGGA